UCGCUCGGCUCUUCGCAGGUCCCGCCGCCCAGCCCGCCGCGAUGCGCUCGGGCCCGCGGCCCCCACCUCCGGCCCCGGCCCCGGCCCUGGCUUUGACUUUGGCUGUGUUGACCAGACUCGCAUCCGCAGCCUCCUUCUUCGGGGAGAACCACCUGGAGGUGCCCGUGGCCACAGUCCUGACCGACAUAGACCUGGAGCUGCAGUUCUCCACGUCUCAGCCUGAAGCCCUACUGCUCCUGGCAGCAGGUCCGGCUGACCACCUCCUGCUGCAGCUCUACUCCGGACGCCUGCAGGUCAGACUUGUCCUGGGCCAGGAGGAGCUGAGGCUACAAACCCCGGCAGGGACGCUGCUGAGCGACUCCAUCCCCCACACUGCCGUGCUGACCAUUUCAGAUGGCUGGGCCAUGUUGUCCGUAGAUGGGCUCCUGAACACCUCAGCCCCAGUCCUGGGAGCCCCCCUAGAGGUCCCCUAUGGGCUCUUUGUCGGGGGCGUUGGGAGCCUUGGCCUGUCCUACCUGAGGGGAGCCAGCCGACCCCUGAGGGGCUGUCUCUAUGCAGCCGUCCUCAAUGGCCGCAGCCUCCUCCAGUCACUAACCCCAGAUGUGCAUGAAGGCUGUGCCGAAGAGUUUUCUGCUGGUGACGAUGUGGCCCUGGGCUUCUCUGGGCCCCACUCUCUGGCUGCCUUCCCUGCCUGGGGCACUCAGGAUGAAGGCACGUUGGAGUUUACACUCACCACGCGGAGCCAGCAGGCACCCCUGGCCUUCCAGGCAGGGGGCCAGCGUGGGGACUUCAUCUAUGUGGACAUAUUUGAAGGCCACCUGCGGGCUGUGGUGGAGAAGGGCCAGGGCACUGUAUUGCUCCACAACAGUGUGCCUGUGGCUGAUGGACAGCCCCAUGAGGUCAGUGUCCACAUGAACGCUCACCAGCUGGAAAUCUCCGUGGACCAGUACCCCACACGUACUUCCAACCGCGGGGUCCUCAGCUACCUGGAGCCACGCGGCAGUCUCCUCCUGGGGGGGCUGGAUGCAGAGGCCUCUCGUUACCUCCAGGAACACCGCCUGGGCCUGGCACCAGGGGCUGCCAACGCCUCCCUGCUGGGCUGCAUGGAGGACCUCAGUGUCAAUGGCCAGAGGUGGGGGCUCCGGGAAGCCUUGCUGACUCGUAGCAUGGCAGCCGGCUGCAGGCUUGAGGAGGACGAGUAUGAAGAGGAUGCCUAUGGCCCAUAUGAAGCUUUCUCCACCCUGGCACCUGAGGCGUGGCCGGCCAUGGAGCUGCCUGAGCCAUGCGUGCCUGAACCGGGGCUGCCUCCUGUCUUUGCCAAUUUCACUCAAUUGCUGACCAUCAGCCCACUGGUGGUGGCCGAGGGUGGCAUGGCCUGGCUUGAGUGGCGGCACGUGCAGCCCACGCUGGACCUGACCCAGGCUGAGCUGCGCAAAUCCCAGGUGCUGUUCAGCGUGAGCCGAGGUGCACGCCAUGGAGAGCUAGAGCUGGACAUCCCGGGUGCCCAGACACGGAAAAUGUUUACCCUCCUGGACGUGGUGAACCGCAAGGCCCGCUUCGUCCAUGAUGGCUCUGAGGACACCUCUGAUCAGGUGGUGCUGGAGGUGUCCGUGACAGCACGGGCACCUGUUCCCUCAUGCCUGCGGAGGGGCCAAACUUACAUCCUGCCCGUGCAGAUAAACCCUGUCAACGACCCGCCCCGCAUCAUCUUCCCGCACGGCAGCCUCAUGGUGAUCCUGGAACACACGCAGAAGCCACUGGGGCCCGAGGUGUUCCAGGCCUACGACCCGGACUCUGCCUGCGAGGGCCUCACCUUCCAGCUCCUUGGCACCCCUGCCAGCCUCCCUGUGGAGCGCCGAGACCAGCCCGGGAAGCCAGCGACUGAGUUCUCUUGCAGGGAGCUGGAGAUGGGCAGCCUUGUCUAUGUCCACCGCGGUGGCCCUGCACAGGACCUGACGUUCCGGGUCAGCGACGGGCUGCAGGCCAGCCCCCCAGCGACACUGAAGGUCGUGGCUGUCCGGCCAGCCAUACAGGUCCACCACAGCACAGGGCUGCGCUUGGCUCAGGGCUCCGCUGCACCCAUCUUGCCUGCCAACCUGUCAGUGGAGACCAACGCUGUGGGGCAGGAUGUGAGCGUGCUGUUCCGAGUCACCGAAGCCCUGCAGUUUGGGGAGCUGCAGAAGCAGGGGGCAGGUGGGGUGGAGGGCGCUGAGUGGUGGGCCACGCAGGCUUUCCACCAGCGGGAUGUGGAGCAGGGUCGUGUGAGGUACCUGAGCACCGACCCAGAGCACCGCACCAACGAUGCUGUGGAGAACCUGACCCUGGAGGUGCAGGUGGGCCAGGAGACCCUGAGCAAUCUGUCCUUCCCAGUGACCAUUCAGCGAGCCACGGUCUGGAUGCUGCAGCUGGAGCCACUGCACAUGCAGAACACCCAGCAGGAGGCCCUCACCACAGCCCACCUGGAGGCCACCCUCGAGGGGACAGGCCCAAGCCCCACCACCUUCCACUAUGAGGUGGUUCAGGCCCCCAGGAAGGGCAACCUUCAGCUACAGGGCACAAGGCUGUCAGACAGUCAGGGCUUCACCCAGGAUGACCUGCAGGCUGGUCGGGUGACCUACGAGGCCACAGCACGUGCCUCGGAGGCAGUCGAGGACAACUUCCGUUUCCGUGUCACAGCUCCACCACACUUCUCCCCACUCUAUACCUUCCCCAUCCACAUUGGUGGUGACCCCGAUGCUCCCAUCCUCACCAACGUCCUCCUCUUGGUGCCUGAGGGUGGGGAGGGUGUCCUCUCUGCUGACCAUCUCUUCGUCAAGAGUCUCAACAGUGCCAGCUACCUCUACGAGGUCAUGGAGCGGCCCCGCCAUGGGAGGUUGGCUUGGCGAGGGGCAGAGGAUAAGGCUCUGAUGGUGACCUCUUUCACUAAUGAAGACUUGCUGCAUGGCCGGCUGGUCUACCAGCACGAUGACUCUGAAACCACAGAAGAUGAUAUCCCAUUCGUGGCUACCCGCCAGGGUGAAAGCAGUGGUGACAUGGCCUGGGAGGAGGUACGGGGUGUCUUCCGAGUGGCCAUCCAGCCCGUGAACGAUCAUGCCCCCGUGCAGACCAUCAGCCGCAUCUUCCAUGUGGCCCGGGGUGGGCGGCGGCUGCUGACCACGGACGAUGUGGCCUUCAGUGACGCUGACUCGGGCUUUGCUGACACUCAGCUGGUGCUGACCCGCAAGGACCUCCUCUUUGGCAGUAUCGUGGCUGUAGAUGAGCCCACGCGGCCCAUCUACCGCUUCACCCAGGAGGACCUCAGGAAGAGGCGAGUCCUAUUUGUGCACUCAGGGGCUGACCGCGGCUGGAUCCAGCUGCAGGUGUCCGAUGGGCAGCACCAGGCCACAGCACUGCUUGAGGUGCAAGCCUCAGAGCCCUACCUCCGCGUGGCCAAUGGCUCCAGCCUUGUGGUCCCUCAAGGAGGCCAGGGCACCAUUGACACAGCUGCGCUCCACCUGGAUACCAACUUGGACAUCCGUAGUGGGGAUGAGGUCCACUACCAUGUUACAGCUGGCCCUCGCUGGGGACAGCUACUCCGGGCUGGACAGGCAGUCACGGCCUUCUCCCAGCAGGACCUGCUGGAUGGAGCCAUUUUCUACAGCCACAAUGGCAGUCUCAGCCCCCGUGACACCCUGGCCUUCUCCGUGGAAGCAGGACCAGUGCACACAGAUGCCACCCUACAAGUGACCAUUGCCCUAGAAGACCCACUGGCCCCACUGCAACUGGUCCAGAACAAGAAGAUCUACGUUUUCCAGGGGGAGGCAGCUGAGAUCAGAAGGGACCAGCUGGAGGCAGCCCAGGAGGCAGUGCAGCCGUCAGACAUCGUGUUCUCAGUGAAGAGCCCACCCAGCGCUGGCUACCUGGUGAUGGUGUCGCACGGCGCCUCUGCAGAUGGGCCACCCAGCCUGGACCCCGUGCACAGCUUCUCUCAGGAGGCAGUGGACGCGGGCAGGGUCCUGUACCUGCACUCCCGCCCUGAGGCCUGGAAUGACACCUUCUCCCUGGACGUGGCCUCAGGUGUGGGUGCUCCCCUGGAGGGCAUCCGUGUGGAGCUGGAGGUGCUGCCCGCUGCCAUCCCACUGGAGGUGCAGAAUUUCAGCGUCCCCGAGGGCGGCAUCCGCACCCUGGCCCCUCCACUGCUUCGUGUCACUGGACCCUACUUUCCCACGCUGCCAGGCCUUGAGCUGCAGGUGCUAGAGCCGCCCCGGCACGGGGUCCUGCAGAGGGAAGAACGGCCUCAGGACGGGACCAUCGGCUCCUUUUCCUGGAGAGAGGUGGAGCAGCAGCUGAUCCGCUAUGUGCAUGACGGCAGCGAGACGCUGGCAGACAGCUUCAUCCUGGUGGCUAAUGCCUCGGAGAUGGACCGUCAGAGCCGUCCUGUGGCCUUCACCAUCACCAUCCUGCCUGUCAACGACCAACCCCCCAUCCUCACCACAAACACAGGCUUGCAGAUGUGGGAGGGGGCCACUGUGCCCAUCCCUGUGGAGGCCCUCAGGGGCACAGACGGCGACUCAGGGCCUGAGGACCUGAUCUACACCAUCGAGCAGCCCAGCAAUGGACGGGUGGUGCUUCAGGCAGCACGGGGCACCGAGGUCCUCAGCUUCACACAGGCCCAGCUGGAUGGCGGGCUCGUGCUGUUCUCACACACAGGAGCCCUGGAUGGAGGCUUCCGCUUCAGCCUCUCCGAUGGCGAGCACACUUCCCCUGGACACUUCUUCCAAGUGACAGCCCAGAAGCAAGUGCUCCUGUCAUUGGAGGGCAGCCAGACACUGACCGUUUGCCCAGGAUCUGUCCAGCCGCUCAGCAGCGAGACCCUGAGAGCCAGCUCCAGCGCAGGCACCGACCCCCACCACCUGCUGUACCGGGUGGUACGGGGCCCCCAGCUUGGCCGGCUGUUCCAUGCCCAGCAGGGCAGCGUCGGGGAGGCCCUGGUGAACUUCACUCAGGCUGAGGUAAGGGCCCAGCUCUGCAGCCACCGCUCAGACCCCAUCCAGCCACAGGUGGCCCGCUCUGGUCGUGGACAUACAC